AUGCAAAAUCCUUACGGUCACUUUACUAACGAUACCACAGAGGACAGAGAACCUGCAUCUCAAGGUGGACCAUUUGGACAAAGCCUAAAUAAUCCCUUAGGUUACGCCGGAUCUUUCCCUUCUCUGACUUAUAAUAAUAAUAACUUUAUGGCCAGUCAGCAACCUUCUCUGCCUUUGCCAGAACCACGUUUGUCUUGGAAUAACGUUAACCAGGUGUCUAACCCUUUGAUGGUAACACCGCUUCCGGGAUUACAAAAACGUAUGAACAAAAACAUCAAAAAGAAAUUAGCGAGGGUGACCAAGAAGGUGCCAAACCCUUCUAACGCGGUAUCUAACAAUACAGUGAGCAGUAGUAAUAUAGUCGGGCAUAGUACUUUAGGUUCGGCAUCGGGAUGGAAAGUUGAAAUAGGUGGCAGCGAUGAGUUAGAAAAAAGAAAGAGAAGGGCAGAAAGAUUCAGUCAGGGCCCAUCAGCAAUGACGAAUAGUAACGAUAAUUUGAACGAAGAUUUUGCCAAUCUAAAUGCCAUUAGUAGCAAGUCUCACCAGUAUGACAAAAAGAUUCAUGUGGUAGGGCGUUGUCAAACUUUAGAGAAAUCGUAUUUGAGACUAACUUCAGAGCCUAAUCCUGAUUUGAUUAGACCUCCAAACAUUCUACAAAAAAUGUAUUGCUUGUUAAUGGACAAAUACCAAUCUAAAACAGCCAGUUAUACUUAUCUUUGCGAUCAGUUCAAGUCAAUGAGACAAGACCUAAGAGUGCAAAUGAUCGAGAACUCUUUUACUAUUAAAGUGUACCAAACGCAUGCCCGUAUUGCCUUGGAGAACGGAGAUCUUGGGGAAUUCAAUCAAUGCCAAAAUAGAAUUAUGGCAUUAUUCGAAAACUCUACGAUACCAAAGAAAUCUUAUUCCGAAUUUAUAUGUUAUUCCAUUUUGUAUUCGAUGUUAACCGAAGACUAUCCGUCGAUUUCUCAAUUAAAGCUGAAGUUGAUAGAUGAAGGUGCAUCGGAAAUCUUGGGGGACGAGCACGUUAAAAUGAUAUUCGAGUUGAGCGAUAUGAAACUAGUUGGAAAUUAUCACUACUUCAUGAAAAACUAUCUAAAAUUGCACAAAUUUGAAAAAUGUCUAAUUAAUUCAUUCUUAAAUCUAGAGAAAUUGAUAUUUUUGACCAUAAUUUGUAAGAGUUAUAACCAGGUCAAUUUAGACUUCAUUAAAAGUGAGUUUAAUUUCAAUAGUAUAGAUGAGACAAUAAAUUUCUUGAAUGAGCAAAACUUGAUGGAGUUCGUAUUAAACAAACAAAUCAGCGACAGUAAUGGGAAAAGUAGUAAUAUCAAAAUUUUGAAUACCAAGGGAUGUAGGGUACAGUUGAUACAAAAUUUUAUGAAGUCUAAAAAAAUUGAUAUAAAGGGACAAAAAUGA